UCAUCUUCUCUUUAAGAAAGAGAGGACUGCAAAGCACGUCGGUGCCACAGGGAAGGAACGCCAUUUCCAUUUCCAGGUUCUGCUUUAAGUAAAUCCAUUCUUCUCUUUUCUUAUUUUCUCGAUUGAUUUCAACUCCAAUUACUCAGAGGGAGGGAGAAGGGGAAGGGGAAGAGACUUCUCCCAAACUCACUCUGGCGGUGUCAUCGAAGGAACCUUAGCGUUCCUCGUCGCUUCGUUUUCUGAAGAAAGAAGAACAAGAAAAGAAGAGGCAUCUACCGUUCAAAGAUGCUCUGGAUUAUGCGAUUAUCUGGAAUUUUCUCUGCUGCAAUGGUAAUCGUCGUUCUAUCACCAUCUCUACAGUCAUUUCCACCGGCUGAAGCAAUUAGAUCAUCAAAUCUCGACGGAUACUUCCGAUUACCGAGUCAAAGUUCUACUACAGAUAAGUUUUCCUUCAGAAAAUCAAAUGCAUUCCACAAUGCUGAAGAUUGCAGUUCGUCAACAAUGGGAAGAAAUGGCGUAUGCGAUCCUUCUCUCGUUCACGUCGCAAUUACUCUCGAUGUCGAGUAUCUUCGUGGCUCUAUCGCCGCCGUUCAUUCCAUUCUUCAGCAUUCCCGAUGUCCAGAGAGCGUCUUCUUUCAUUUUCUCGUAUCGGAUACCGAUUUGAAAACCCUAGUUCGUUCAACUUUCCCGCAGUUGAAAUUCAAGGUCUAUUACUUCGAUCCUGAUAUUGUUCGAAACCUUAUUUCAACGUCAGUGAGGCAAGCGCUUGAGCAACCUCUGAAUUACGCCAGAAAUUACCUUGCCGAUCUCCUAGAGCCUUGUGUUCACAGGGUUAUAUAUCUGGACUCGGAUCUAGUUGUUGUUGACGAUAUUUCGAAGCUAUGGACAACAAAAUUGGGAGGUAAGACAAUUGGUGCGCCGGAAUACUGUCAUGCAAACUUCUCAAAGUACUUCACAGCGAGGUUUUGGUCGGAGAAGCGGUUUUCUGGCACGUUCUCCGGUCGGAAUCCCUGCUAUUUCAAUACUGGUGUUAUGGUUAUAGAUCUUGCCAAAUGGAGGCGAUUUGGAUACACGAAGAAGAUCGAGAGGUGGAUGGAUAUUCAGAAGAAUGAGAGGAUCUAUGAACUGGGUUCGCUUCCUCCAUUUUUAUUGGUUUUCGCCGGUCAUGUUGCUCCGAUCGAACACCGGUGGAAUCAACAUGGUUUGGGAGGGGACAAUGUGAAGGGGAGCUGUAGAGAUUUGCAUCCAGGUCCUGUGAGUCUUCUCCAUUGGAGUGGGAGUGGUAAACCUUGGCUAAGGAUUGAUUCUAAACAACCUUGUAUUCUAGAUUCAUUGUGGGCACCAUAUGAUCUGUAUGCUCACUCCAUGUGAAUGUGGUUUUAGGAACUGUCAAACUGGUAAAUUCUCUCUUCUAUUUGAUUUUGCCCUUGUUAUCAUUUCAUAAAUUGUUCUUACUAUUUGAAUUGAUUUCAUUUCUUAUUGUUUUUUCAUCACAUUGAUUCUCAGACUAUAUAUGUAUUAUAUUCCAUUACUUACUUACUCUUUUGCAUCUAGAAUAAGAAAACAAGUAGAGUUUUGUUAAAUUCAAUAACAUAUU